AUGGGCAUGGAGUUCGACCUAAGUCGAUACCCAGAUAGGCACGAAUACCUGCUUAACCUACAACCUACCGAAGGUUACUUGGUAAGGUGGUCUCAACCGACACUACAGCAUGGCGCCCUCGCACUAAUAUAUCGCGGGAUUCGCGGCGCUUACACCACCUCGUCGCUUUGUGUGACUUUCAGUGGCCAAUGGAAAGAUUUCACGACUGCGUGCCUUGCCGUCGGCCUCACUCAAGUGGUGGCGCAAUCCAAUGAUGUACGGGAUUCACAGUCAGCUGCCGUGUGGUUCGCGGCUUCGCCUCCUGCAGGCUCUGCAGGUGCACCCCCAGAGCCGCCACAUUCGGCCCUCACUUCGUGCAAGGCUCUAGCUAGGUCGAAUAAUAUUCGAAUACAAAAUACCGAAACUCAUCGCGCGCUGAGAACAGACCGGGACUCUUCCAGUCAACCCACGAGGCAUUACCUGGGCAACGACAGAGUAUACAUUUUACUGCGUCGUGUUAAGGUGACCUGA